AUGGCGGUCCGGCGCGUCGAAUGCCGCGAAGAUGCAUGGACACCGGUUCUGGGCCGCUCGAAGAACUCAAUGCAGAACGAGAUCUACUGUAACGCCGUGUGCGAGCUCGACACCAUUAUAAUCGGGUUCCGGCGGGCGGGCAUGAAUUAG